UGUGUGUUUUCUGAGCCCAUCAUCUACGUCAGCCUGGGAUUAAGGGAUGUGGGUGAGCCGAGCCCUCUCUCUGCCUCCUCCCGCUCCAGUCCGGCCGGAUCUCAGCACCGAGCGGACCGUGCCUGGGUUCUGACCGUCGCCACGUGAGAGCGCUUGCUUCCGAGCGCGCGCGACCCUGAGCGGGAUUCGACGACAUGACGCGAUCCCCGGCGCCGCCGCUGUGAGGAUGAUUCCCGGGGCCCCGGACCCCGCCGCCAGCAUGCUCCCCGCCUCGGAAGCCGCCAAGAUCUACCAGAGCAACUACGAGCGCAACUCGCGCGCCAUCGGCGUGUUGUGGGCCAUCUUCACCAUCCUCUUCGCGAUCGUCAACGUGGUGUGCUUCAUCCAGCCCUACUGGAUCGGCGACGGCGCGGACACGCCGCAGGCGGGCCACUUCGGGCUCUUCCACUACUGCAUCGGAAACGGCCUGUCCCGGGACUUGACCUGCCAGGGCAGCCUCGCCGAGCUCAGCAGCAUCCCGGCCGCCGCCUUCCAGGCCGCCUCCUUCUUCAUCGGCAUGUCGAUGGUGCUGGUUCUCAGCUGCAUCGGCUGCUUCACCCUCUUCUUCUUCUGCAGCACCGGGACCGUGUACAAGACCUGCGGCUGGAUGCAGCUGGCUGCAGGCACCUGUCUGAUCCUGGGCUGCAUGAUCUACCCGGACGGCUGGGACAGCGACGAGGUGAAGCGCAUGUGCGGCGAGCGGACGGACAAGUACACGCUGGGCGCCUGCUCCGUGCGCUGGGCCUACAUCCUGGCCAUCAUGGGCAUCCUGGACGCGCUCAUCCUCUCCUUCCUGGCCUUCGUGCUGGGCAACCGCCAGGACAGUCUGAUGUCUGAGGAGCUGCUGGGAGACAAGACCGGAAAUAAUGCCUUAUAAGCAGCGGUGACGUCAUCUUUCAGCUGCCCAGGUCUUUUGAGUGGCGAGUCCCGGCGGCCAGUGGGACGCUCCUGCUUGACGUCAGCGUUCAGACGAAGAGGAGCCUGUGGGAAAGUGAACUUGACUGAAGCCGGGGCCCAGCUGCGCGUGGGUGUGGGAGGAACCCUCGGGUCCGGUGGCGGGACUCGGUGCCAAGAGAGACCGCGGUCGGCAGCGACUCAGAGGAGACUUGAGCCCAACAUGGCGGGGAAGGACGGGUUUCCUCUGGCUGUUGUGCGAGUGACCAGUCUGUGCUGUGUUGACGUCAUCUGUGUCGUGUUUUGAUUUUGGACUGUGUGUGUGUGUUGCCAUGUGACACGUGACCUCACGACACGAACGUCUGAAAACACACUGUUAUUACGCGUCACAUGACUUGUGUGCAGUUAUUCUAUUGUCUACUUUGUUCCCGGGGUUUGACCUUUGACCAAUAAAACGCUGUCACGGUUACUCAGACGACUUGUGCAUUGCAACAAACCACCUGGAGUCAAACAUGCGAGCAGCUAGCUGGAGCGACAGCAGAGCUGAGGACAGUCCAUCCUAAAGCUGGAAGAGGAGGCUCACCACAAGUCUGUUCUGCAAGCAUUUUAGAUAAGAUAUUAAUAAAAAAACAUUUUUAGAUGAAAAUAAACCCACUCACGCUGGACUCGGCGUGAUCUCAUUUCGUACUGAAACUGUAGUUUGACCUAUUGAAAGCUCUAUGGCAGAGAGUCACGGCCGCACUCUGCUCCCUCACCGUGGAGAUGUUGGAUAAAAAACGGAGACCCGAACGAGCCGAAACCCAUCCAGUCGCCAGACUCGGUUGUCACUGUCUGAUGUGGUCCACCGGAAAUUCCGGGACUGGAACUGGAAAUUGCACAUGUUUUACCAACUGACGUUUACUGGUAAGCGCAUGCGUCCGUGGUUAUAUCGUGCACAGUCUCGAUGAAGGGUUAGGUAAUUUAAACCGGUUCAUUGGUAACUUCCUACUCCAGCACCAUCAUUUCCGGCGGACCACAUCAGGCAGACGGACCAGAUCGUACUUACGCAUGCGCGUAAAAAACUAUAAUUUCCAGAUUUUACUGUUAAAUAUACACUAUUUAACAGUAAAACUGUAACGAUAGCACAUUAAUUUACGAGAUAUAACCAAUGAACA